CUCGCUGUUUUUGUAUCUGCUUCAGAGCGGAUUCGACCGCCAAGUAAGUUACAUUUUGCCAUGUCACGCUGAAGUAGUUUCAGACCGGUUUAUUUUUAGGGAAACUGGACACACAGACACACACAGACACACACGCAGCUGGACGUAGAAGUGAAAUGAGAGCCUGCGGUGUUUCUGAAGGUGAGCGCCGGGGGUUUGUGUGAGCCGCUGCUACUGUGAACCAGAAGCCUCAUGUUUUCUCCAGGCCAGGAGGAGCCCUGCGCCCCGUGCAAAGACCCGGUGAAGUACGGGGAGCUGGUGGUCCUGGGGUACAAUGGCUCUCUGCCCAAUGGAGAUCGGGGGAGACGGAAAAGCAGAUUUGCGCUGUACAGGAGGACCAAAGCCAACGGUGUUAAGCCGAGCACUGUGCACAUCCUCAACACACCCCAGGCAAAUAAGGCUGUGCACUGUAAAGGCCAACACAGCAUCUCCUACACACUGUCCAGGAACCAUACGGUAGUGGUGGAGUACUGCCAUGAUAAAGACACGGACAUGUUUCAGAUUGGGCGUUCCACAGAGAGUCCCAUAGACUUUGUGGUGACGGACACAGUAGCAGGAGGCCAGGAGGGAGAGGAGACCCCCAUCACUCAGAGCACCAUCUCCCGUUUUGCCUGCCGAGUUGUCUGCGAGCGUAACCCGCCUUACACUGCUCGCAUCUACGCAGCUGGUUUUGAUUCUUCCAAAAACAUCUUCCUUGGGGAAAAAGCCGCAAAAUGGAAGAACCCUGACGGUCACAUGGACGGACUAACCACCAAUGGCGUGCUGGUGAUGCACCCCAAGGGCGGGUUCACGGAGGAGUCAAAGCCGGGCGUAUGGAGAGAGAUCUCAGUUUGUGGGGAUGUUUACACACUGAGAGAGACGCGCUCAGCACAGACCCCAGGCAAACUGGUUGAGCAUGAGAGCAAUAUUCUGCAGGACGGCUCCCUGGUGGAUCUUUGUGGAGCCACUUUGUUGUGGCGUACUGCAGAAGGCCUCUUUCACACUCCCACCCAAAAGCACCUGGAGGCCCUCAGGCAGGAGAUCAACGCGGCGCGCCCACAGUGUCCCGUGGGUCUCAACACGCUCGCCUUCCCCAGCAUGCAACGCAGCCGCGCCCUCUCCUCUCUGGAGGACAAGCAGCCUUGGGUCUACUUGGCCUGUGGCCACGUUCACGGCCACCACAACUGGGGCCACCGCUCAGAGCAGGAGGCCAGCCCCCAGCGAGAGUGUCCCAUGUGCCGGGUGGUCGGGCCCUACGUACCACUGUGGCUGGGCUGCGAGCCGGCCUUCUACGUGGACACGGGUGCUCCCACCCACGCCUUCGUGCCGUGUGGACACGUGUGUUCGGAGAAGUCGGUCAAGUACUGGGCUGAGAUCCCUCUGCCACACGGCACCCACGCCUUCCACGCCGCCUGCCCCUUCUGUGCCACCCAGCUCGGCCUCACUCAGGGCUGCUCCAAGCUAAUCUUCCAGGGCCCGGUGGACUGAGCUGAGGGCUCCUGCUCUGGCAGAGGAGAUUAGACAGGAAUGCCAACAUGCUGUGAAACUGUUAAGAUUAUUUUGUGCUUUCUUUUGUUCAUGUAAGCCAGCUGUGGAAAGGAGUCAUUCUUCUCAAGAUCUGGUCAUAUACUGUGGAUUCUGCACAACAGAGAGCCAUUACAGAUUGUUCAGGGCCUCGUGUGGCUAUUUGGAUGGCCACUGUGGGAUACAGAGACGUGAAGCACACUGGACCACUGAUGCCUUGCUCCUCCAGAAUGAAAUACUAUUUCAGCUGUCCCAUGAACAAACUGCUUUAAAUACGGCUGUUUUUAAACUACAAUGUCUGCUGGUUUCCCAUCCGAGGGCUGGGGAAUUAGGGUUGUUGAAGGCAUAAAUUGAGAAUGAUUUAAAGUUUUUACAGAGCCAGACAGCUGGACUGUUGGCUGGGAGAAAAGCCAGGAGAAACUUUGGGUCUAAUAGCUAACUAGUUAAGUGCUCCCCAUUGCCCUGUCAGGCCUGAACCCCUAAUGGCAUCUAGACCAUGUAGUUCUCUGGAUUUGGGCUUCCAUUUGCUGAACAAACUCUAAGGAGGGGGGGAAAAAGACUUAAUGUACAGAGAUAUAAUCCAGUGCCUCAGAUCCCAUUAAACGGUGGGAAUAUUUUUAAUAAUUGAGUAGAGAUGGCAAAGGGAGAGAUAGUUUUGCAUACUAAAGACAUAUGGAAAUGACAGCCCACAUGGAUUCUUCAACACAUUUUUAUCUGACAGAAGAGGUAUUUUACUACACUGAGGCCCUUGUUCUGUUUUGUAAUGCAAAUGUUUAAUAUAUUUUUCUCCUGCAUAAAUAACGUGUGUGUGUGUGAGAAUGUUUGAGAGUGUGUGCAUGAGUGUGUAUGUGGGUUAGACUGUGUGGGUACCCUCUGGCUUUGUUUUAAAUCGCCCUGCAUCAUUUCACCCCAAUCCCCUUUCUAUGAUCUCACCCACCAUCCAAAACACUACCAGAGAGAACAGGAAUUAAACCAACCUCGCAGGGUUUGACGAUGAAUGUACUCCAAUACAUUAACUCUCCUCACUAGUGGCAUUUUAAUUCAUUAAUACAACUCACUUUCUCAAUGGCUGUGCUGUUAAAGGUAUAUGCAAGGCCUAUUCGCAGUGAAAGACCAGAUUAGAGCUGUUCCACAAUAUGCAUCAACCACACCUGCUUGCUAGCUUGCUGGCUAGCUGUGCCCCCC